AUGUUAUCGUUAUCAAGUAGUCAAAGUGAACCAUCAGCACUUUUAUCUAAUGCUCGAUUAACUAUUGCAACAUUAAUCCAACGACCAAGUACAAUAACAACAUCAAAUGCUUUUGAUGAAUUUUCUAUAUUAGAUAAUUUAAUUGAUGUUAGUAAUGAUGUUGAUCGUUUUGAAGGUGGUGAAAAUCGUAAAUUUUUAAAUAUAGCACAAUUAAUAACAGCAUCAACAUGUAUUUAUUCUCGUCGUGUUGAUGCACUUUAUAAAUUAAUAAAUACAUUUCAAUCAUCAUCAUCAGAUAAUAAACAAGAUGAAAGUAUUUCAGAUGAAGAUCAAUCAUUAGAAACAAUUAUUAUUGAUAAACAAGAAGAAAAUGAAAUAAAAAAAAUUGUUAAAGAAAAAAAGAAAAAAUCUAAACAAAAUCAUCGUUCAUUUAUAUGUAAUGAUUUAACUAAAAUAAAUUUAAAUUUAUCAAAAAAAUUUUUUCUUGAUCGAACAUCUAUAUUUGAUUUGAAACUUUUUCAAAAAAAUGUACCAAUAGGAAAUAAACAAUUUUGGUUAAAUGAUACUCAACCGAUAAUAUUUGAUCUUCUUUUUCAUAAUCAAUCAAUUGAAAUCAAUCAAAAUGAUCAACAACAAGAACCUGAACAAUUAAUUAAUGUACUUAAUAAAUUAUCACCAGUUAAGCAUCAGUCAACAUUGAAUGAUGAUGAUGAUGAUAUUCCAUUACCUAUAUCUACAUAUGAUGAUGAUCAAGAAUCAUCAUGGAAUAAUGAAAAUAUAAUUGAAAAGAAAAAAACAAAUAAAAAUCGAAGAAAAAAAUUAAAAAAUGAUAUUGAUCUUAAUAUAUUUCGUCAUGGUCUUACAGAUGAACAACAAGAACAUUUUCGUUUUCAUAAAAUGAAACCAUUAUCAAAUAAAACUAAAAUUGAACAAACACAAUUUUUUAUUAAAAAAUUAAAUCGAAAUCAUUUCAAUAAAUUAAUUAAAGAUUGCCCAUUAUCGAUUGUAUCUAUUUUUAUUUAUCCAACAAUUAAUAUUCAUCAUUUAACAAUUCGAGAACGAUAUUCAAUAAAACUCGAUCAACCAUUUUCUCGUACGAUUCGUUCACCUCCUAUACCUAUAUCUGAUGUACUUAAUGAAAAUACAUUAAUUUCAUCAUCAUCACCAGCUUCACCAUCAUUUAUUCAUGAAUUUAAUGAAGAUAUACAAGAAGAUGUUGAUAUUCGUCUUCAAACUGAUAUGGAACAAAUACUUGAUGCAGCUACUUAUCAUUCAAAUGAAGAACAAGAACAUAAUAAAAUAUUUCUUGAACUUCGUUCAUUAAUAAUGUCAUAUAUGAAUAAACAUGAUUCAGUUAAAACGAUAAAUCUUGAUGAUUUACUCGAAACACUUGAUGAUAAUUAUUCAUUACCACUAGUUUUUAGUCAAUUAUUAUAUUUAUGUGCUGCAACACAACGUUAUUAUCUUCAUUCAACGUUUAAUGAUAAUUUGUUUAUAGAAAAAAUGAUGUAG